AAUGCUGGUCAACUGGUAAAAAGAACCGAUGGUAGUAUGAUAUUGUAACAAACCGAAUUUUCACUGAACACGAAUUACAACUUAGAAUGCGAGCAACAAAGUAAUAGCCACACAAAGUAAGGAAAGAAUAAUGGCGUAAGAAGGUAAUAAGAAAGGGAAUCCAGAAGGGAGAUGAGAGACAACAUAAAGCCAAAGCUUCAACAUAAUUUCAUAACCGUUCUUUCUAAUCCUAACUCCUCUUUAACAAUAGCUAAUUAGGUCUGGAUCCCAAAUAUAACUCUCCAACAUUCUACUUGGCCCAAUAAUAUCAACUGGAUGGUCUUAUUUAUCUCUUCUAGCCCGUAGGCCCUUAUGGAGUUAUAAUUGUUAACAGCAGAUAUACUCCUGUAUCACACGGGAAUGUACACAAGAAAGAGUGUCAAAGGUUGGAACAACAAAUGAAGCUUGCCCAUGUUUUGAGUGAUUUCCCUUUUUCAUUUUCUGAAGAAUCUACUUUUCAGGUGUGUGAUAAACGGGAAACAAGAUGUUCAUGCUUGAUAAAACAGGGCAUUCACCGUGUAGGAAUGUGGUUGUUCGAAUGCAGCUGUGGCGCAUCAACUGCUAUAUUGGGUUGCGCAAGGCUCGUCAAAGGCUGGGACCUUUCUAGUACAUUGUGUCCUUGUAGAGAGCCAUCCACUCCCUUACCAAAGCUACUUCGUGGUUGGAAAGAAUAUUAUGAAUGGAGGUGCAUUCCGCUAUAUUCUCCUGUUGCUUUGCUACUUCACUGGCCAUUGACGCUGUAUUGGGCUAUUAAGAUGGCAGUUCAAGGGAACCUGAUUCCUGAAAUUAGUAAUGAGCUACGCAUACAUUAUUUAGGUCCUGAAAAAGAGCUUCAUCAGCUUGCCGUUUUCAGUGAACUGCAUGCUGUUUUUCCAGAUGUUCGAAUACAUAUUGAUUUUGUGGGACCUGCAAUUCCAGUAGAAAGGAACGGUGAGAGAAUUGUACUUCGUGAUUAUGCUCAUUGUACAGAGACCAACUGCAAGUGUAAAUGUUCGACUGAGAGUUUUGGCCUAACCUCAUUACAAACUGGAUCUUCAGCCAUUACAUUAAAGCUUCAUACUGGUUAUUAUCAUGAUUGUUAUAAAGAUCUUCUGAAGGUCACUCAAACAACAUUUAUCUUUGCCAUAUGUUUUCUUCCCUUGUUGGUGUUACUCAAAUGUUGUAAGCUUCGUCAGGGCUUUCCUCCUGAUCUAAUUAUUGCACCGAAUGCUGGUGUUGCUGCUUACAGGAGCUGGCUACAAACCAUUGAGCUGUUAAAGGAGAGAAAAGUUUCUGCAUUUUUCUCCGAUUACUGUGAAGAAGCUUGUAAUCUGGCGACUAGUUGCAUAAGCUCAGUGACUGGGGCUUCACCUACCAUUCCUAUCCAACUAAAUCCUUUUAGGCAACCCCUCGCAGUAGAAAACAGUGCCCUGUUUCUUCCAUGCUACUCAAAUUGCUUCAUCUUUGGGAUUUGAACGACCUUCUUGGGAGCGUCUAAGGAUGCAAUGGCUUGACUCUAUUACAAAAUAAUAGCAGACUGAGGAGUACAGUGUUGAGAUCAAGAAAUGCAAGUGUGGAGUAAAAACUUAUUCGCACCCGGUGUAUACACCAACUAAUGUAAUUUACCAUGGGUAAAUGAUUAAAUGAAGUAAAAUACAUGUUAAUCAAUCAUGGUUAAGUUAUAUGAACUAUAAAUUCAAACACAUGGUAUGCAUGCAUUGACUUGGUGUAUAUAUCAGGUGUGAGCAAGUUUUAACCCAAGUGUGGCCUGAUCGUCAAUGAAUGGGAUUGAGAAUCAUAGGGUCUUAGAUUCAAUUUCCAACAAAGGCAAGAACAAUAGAUGAUUUCAUUCUCUUUGGUCUAAAGCCUUAAUAGAAAGAUUCACAUGAUACAUGUGGUGGUGGGCAAGAACGCUAGGUAAUUUUUUCUCAUUGAUCUAAGCUUUCGUGGAUAGAGUUAUGCGGUAUUGGAUAUUUCAAAAAGAAUAAAUAUUAUAUGUUACUAAUUAGCCUUGAAUGGGUGGUUAGUGAGAGGAUAUUAAAAUCUCCCCUACUGUUUAUAUAUUUUGACCAAAUCAAUUGAUUCUUUAUUAGGGGUGUAACUGCACCAUUAUUUAUAUUAAAGCAAUUUUAUUAGUUGUUA